AUGUCAGGCAAAAAACAGUGUGUGGAAUUUACAGCUGUUGUGAUCUUCCCUUACAUGAACCUUUUCACCUUCAUUAUUAGGGGGAGGCUCCGCGCAACGCUCUCCCUGCCUCCUGGAGAAGACCCCUUCCCAGGCAUCAUCGACAUACACGGACUCGGGGGAGGUCUUUUUGAGCACAGGGCCAGCCUGCUGGCCAACCAUGGCUUUGCCACACUGGCCCUGGCUUAUUAUCAGUAUGAGGAUCUGCCCCAGGAGCCAACUGAACUCCACCUGGAAUAUUUUGAAGAGGCAGUGAACUAUAUGCUCCAGCACCCACAGGUGAAGGGACCAGGGGUUGGACUGCUCGGUUACUCCAAAGGAGCCGAUCUCUCUCUCGCCAUGGCCGCCUUCCUGAAGAACAUCACAGCCGUUGCUUCCCUCAAUGGCCCUGUGGCCAUUACUUCUACUCCUCUCCGUUACAAGGAUAAAGUUAUCCCCUCUUUGACCAUCAAUGAAGAACGGGUCAAGAUCAUUGACUCCAAUAUUCUUGAUUGUUCUGACAUCCUGAUUGACCCCUUUCAAGCCCCUGGCAACCAAAGCCUGAUCCCACUAGAGAAAGCUGAGGCACAGUUACUGUUCAUCACGGGACAAGACGACCGGGUUGUCAAAAGUGAGUAUUAUGCUACUGAAGUCUGCAAACUUUUGCAGGCUCAAGGGAAGGAGAAUUUUCAGAUGCUCUCCUACCCGGGAACAGGUCACUGCAUUGACCCUCCCUAUUUCCCUUUGUACCCCAUAGGAAACCAUCCCAUUUUGCAUAAGCGGGCAGUCCUGGGUGGGCAGCUUGGGGCUUAUUCUAAAGCCCAGGUUCAUGCUUGGCCACAGAUCCAGGCUUUUUUCAACAAGUAUUUAAAUGACAACUAA